AUGACAGUGACGUUGUGGGUCCUUAUUGAAAAUUUAGAAGAUUCUGGGAAGUUUGAGCUGGACAAUGAUCAUGCUGACUUGGAUAGUCUCAAAACACACCUUCUCUCACAGUCUGAAGUUCUCAAAGGUAUUCACCCGCCUCUGGAUAAGACUAGACUCCAGUUCUUUAUCGAUACUGAACGCAUCCAAAAGCUUGCUAGCAGUACUUUACUGCGAGCUCUGGAAACUACUUCUGAAAAGCCUCUCAUUUUGCGAUACCCGUUCUCUGAUAAUAAGGUUUCCAUUCGCAUAAAUCUCGGCAGACCUUGGCUGGUUGCAACAAUACCUCAUAACUCCGGUAUGUGGUUUAACUCGCGUCAGCGUGCCAUAGAUAAAUUCGAUGUUUUGAAGACGGAUCCGCGCCCACACUUCUUCUUCUUCAAUAACGAUACACAAACUGAAAUUACAAACGAAUAUGAAUUUAAUGAUAUGGUGGAACAAAUAUCUCCGAACGAAAAUAAAGUUCGACAGGUGUCUGUGACUGUUCGAGUGGAAGGAAUGAAAGCCUACAGUGAAUGGAAUUUAAGUGAAAUCACUAGAACCCUCUUUGGAGAAAUGUGGGACUCUAUAGAUUCUACUCCUAAAUUCGACAAAGAUGAACUACCAAAACCUGAGAAAGAGAUCGAAGUUCCGGAUGGGUUUUAUAGUGAGAUCAGAAGAAAACUUGAAGCCUUUCAAACAAUCAACAAUGAACCCACUGUUCGUGAGUUCACUUCACCAUUUCUCACAACGGGAAGCCGGGGGUUUGGCCCAGUUGAUUAUUCUAUCGAGAGUGAUGGCAUAUUAGUAAUUGUUAUUGAGGUAAAGAAAGAAGACUUCAAUCAGAGUACAGCGCAAGCAUUCGCCCAGAUGCACAGCGCAGUCGAGGCUUUAGAGAAAAAACGCAAACUCGAUCAGACUGACUUCGAAGAAGGCAAGUUUCCUGUCAUGAUGUAUGGUAUUGUAACGAACUCUCGCGAAUGGGUGUUCAUUCGCUGGGUCGGCGACUCUAAGGAACCGAAAAUCGCGAUGACAACGCAGCUGCCUUGCCCAUUUGACGGUGAUUUGUCACGUGCGAAGGAAAUUCUAGAAUAUAUCAUUGGGAUUCUUGAAUCACAUAUCAAUAGCAUUAUCACACCAUAUAAAAAAAUUAAAGUAUAA